AGCAGAUUUAGUGGAAGGAGAGGAGGCAGAGGCUGGGAAUGGGAGCAGUGAGCUGUCGGCAGGGGCAACACACUCAGGUGACUGCACCUCACAAGCAGGGUGACAACUUCCAGGGCCCUUGGGUCCGAGGCUGGAAGAGCCUCUGGUCAGGUAUGGGGACCAUCAGGUCAGGUCUGGAAGAACUAUGGCAACUACAAGGGCAUCAAUGCCUACACCAGGAGCCCCUAGAGGCGACCCCACUGCUGGUAGAGAAGCCUUUGUCUGAGUGGCCAGUGCCUCAGUUCAUCAGCCUCUUUCUACCAGAGUUUCCCAUGAGGCCCAUUAGGGGGCAGCAGCAGUUGAAGAUUUUAGGUCUUGUGGCUAAAGGCUCUUUUGGAACUGUCCUGAAGGUGGUAGAUUGUGCCCAGAAAGCUGUAUUUGCAGUGAAGGUGGUACCCAAGGUAAAAGUCCUACAGAGGGACACCCUGAGGCAGUGCAAAGAGGAGGUCAACAUCCAGAGACAGAUCAACCACCCUUUUGUACACAGCUUGGGGGACAGCUGGCAGGGAAAACGGCAUCUCUUCAUCAUGUGUAGCUACUGCAGCACUGAUCUGUACUCCCUGUGGUCUGCUGUUGGCUGCUUUCCUGAGGCUUCCAUCCGUCUCUUUGCGGCUGAGCUGGUCCUUGUGCUGUGCUAUCUCCAUGACGUGGGCAUCAUCCAUCGAGACGUGAAGAUGGAGAAUAUCCUUCUGGAUGAAAGAGGCCAUCUGAAACUGACAGACUUUGGUCUGUCCCGCCACCUGCCCCAGGGAGCCCGAGCCUAUACUAUCUGUGGCACUCUUCAAUACAUGGCCCCAGAGGUCCUGAGUGGUGGGCCUUACAACCAUGCUGCUGAUUGGUGGUCCCUGGGUGUCUUGCUUUUCUCUCUGGCAACUGGAAAGUUCCCAGUGGCUGCAGAGAGAGAUCAUGUGGCCAUGUUGGCAAGUGUGACCCACUGUGACUCUGAAAUUCCAGCUUCUCUUAACCAGGAGCUCUCUCUCCUGCUUCAUGAGCUCCUAUGCCAGAACCCCCUCCACCGUCUACGUUAUCUACAUCACUUCCAAGUCCACCCAUUCUUUAGGGGUGUGACCUUUGACCCAGAGCUCCUACAGAAGCAGCCAGUGGACUUUGUCAUGAAGACACAAGAUACUCAGCCCAGUCCAUUGGAGUCCAACCCCUUCAAGGACUUUGACUGUGAUCUGGAGUCCUUCUUGGUCCACUCUGUUCCUGCUUGACCCUGUCUACUAUAGAUUGGGGCCCAGCUGGGAACCUGAGGAUCUCCUCCACUACCAACUCAGUAUUACCACUUUGAUGAUCCAGUUUUGACUUUGUAGCCCCUUACUAUUCUAUUCUUCUAGGCAUUAGUCUAGAGUUCAAACUUUGGGCACUCAGUUCCCCAUCAUACAACUUACUGGUUCAUAUAACAUCUCAGGUCAGAGUGGUAACUUUUUCCUUUGUUUCACUUCUCCAGUCUGUAGCAAAAGGCUUCCUCUACCUUUCCCUUUCCUUGUUUCUUUGCCAUGUUUCCUUUCUUGGGUAAUAACAACACUUCAUGGACUCCAAAGGUGCUAUUUAUAUGUUUAAUAGGCUAGGCAGAAGAAAUACGUUUUUCAAAGGCUUAAAAAGUUGGCAUCUUAACACCUAAAUAUGCAGCUAAAAAAUAGAGUCUGGGAGUUGGGCAUAGUGAUGCAUGUCUGUAAUCCUAGCUACUUGGGAGGAUAAGGCAGGAAAAGUUUGAGGCCAGACUUGGCAACUGAAUGUCUCAAAAUGGGAAAAAAAAAGGGGGGGGGGCUGGGGUUGUAGUAGAAUGUUCUUGAGUUCAACCCACAAUACUGGGGUUAGGGGGAACUAAAACAAAAAACUGAGGCUAAGGGUCAGUUGUCAGUAAAUCUAAUUUUUAAAAAUUGGAAAAUGAGCUAGGUAUGGUGGUGCAUGCCUGUAAUCACAGAAACUUGGGAAGCUGAGGCAGGAGGAUCAUAAGUUCAAGGUGAACCUCAGCAACUUAGCAAGACCAUGUCUCAAAAUAAGAAAUAAAAAGGGCUGGGGUUAUACAGUGGUAAAGCACCCCUAGGUUCACUAAUUAAUAUCAAAAAAGGUGGGAAUGAAUGCAAUAGCCUAAAGUGAAAAAGAAAAUAGAAACUAAAACAUGGGAGGAUUAAAUGUCUUCUCUAGGGGUAACUGGAAUAGCUACCAAAAUAUUUUCCAAAAGACAAAAAGAAGUAGUGAGCUGAACGUUUCUCCUAGACAGCUCAAAAUGCAGUUUUUUAUGGGCAAAUCAAAGGAUUCAAAGGCAUACAUCAACCUUAAGAUUUAAGGUUAGAGAUGUAUCUCAAGAACCUUUCCCUUUUGUAAGGAAAAUCACCUGGUCCUUGAAUUUACAUACAAUUCUAUUUUUUUUUUUUUAGUGCUGAGGAUUGAACCCAGGGCCUUAUGUAUGCAAGGCAAGCACUUUACCAACUGAGCUAUAUCCCCAGCCCUACAAUUCUAUCUUUUAUGACUUUCUUUUUUCAUUUUCCUAAACUAACUUCUCAAAAACUUCAUUUUAGUUCUGAUAUUUGAGGGGAAAAUUUGCUUUUAGCUGGGCAUGAUGGUGCAUAUCUAUAAUCCCAGCAGCUCUGGAGGCUGAGGCAGGAGGAUUAUGAAUUCAAAGCCAGCCUUAGCAACUUAGGGUCUUGCUGAAUUCUUAGUGCCUCACUAUCUCUAAAUAACAUAUAAAAGAGCUAGGAAUAUAGCUCAGUGGUGGAGCACCCUUGUGUUCAAUCCUUGGAAUUACACCCCCCCCCGAAAUUUGCUUUUAUAUAGACCACAUUAUAUCUUCAAUUAUAUCUGAUCUCUCUUUUCCAAUCCAAAGAGUCUGAGAGUAUCCUGUAUAUUUGUGCUUACUAUUUCUGUCUCUGUAUUAAGCCAGAUUUUGUCUGUAUAUAAUUGGCAUUUUGUUAGUCUCUGCAGAAUUGCUUUUUCUGGAUUGUACUUCAGCAGUCCAUAUGAAUCUCUAUAAAACUUGAGUCUGUAAAAAGGUGUUGAUCAUUACAGUUCAUAAAUUUUCUCUUUAUCUAGUUGUGCUUUUCCUGAAUUGCUGUUUGGUUUUUACCUUAAAGAUAGUAAAUAUUCAACUGACUAUCUUUUUCUUCUCAUGCUAAUACUAGACUACUUAAAGCCCAAAUUGUGCCCCACCUUCAGCAACCAUUUAUGUAUUUAGCAUGUUAGUCACAUUCUUGGUUCCAACUUGCUUUUAUUUUCCUUAUUCUCAGUUUUCUAUUCUAAUCUUUUUAAAAAUUACUGUAUUAUCUACAUUUUUGUAAGCCUUUUUUGGAAUAAGAUUGGGAUAUAAAUAAAUAAAAGAGAAUGUAUCCUUUA